UUGUUGUUGUAGCUGUUGUUGUUGGAGCUGUUGCUGUUCUUGUUUCUGCAUUUGAUAUUGAUGCAUGUUAUAUUGAUAUUGUUGUUCUCUAAGAGAAUCCGGGUGAGAUGGGGGCUUUGAAUGAAUAUUGGAUGUUGUUUGUUGUUCUGGGACUUUGUUAUCAGUUUGCAGGGGAAAUUCAUCUAAUUGAGGAUUGGUAUGCAAUCCAGUGGUACCAGGUAUAGUUGGAUUUUCACUCAAAUGCUCCCUUGGGUUUGCUUGAUCAGACUCUCUUAUUUGUUCGUGAGAGGGCUCGAACAAUUGAUGGCCAGGCGUAGUUACAGGUUGAUUUUGGAAAUGGAUUGGAUGUCCUCCGGUAGGAUUUUCAGUUCCAGGAUUAGCAUAAGAAUUCAUUUGACCCUGGUGAGCAUAGAUAUGGGAACCAUAGUUUUGCUGAGCCAUAUAUUGAUAGUUGCCAGAGUGUUGGUGAUGUGUGUGCUGGCUGGCUGUAGGAUUAGAAGGUUGCCAACGUUGGUUCUCUGCCGGGUGAUUCUGUUGAGACACUUGUCCUUGAUGGAACCAACCUUCUUCAUUAUUGUCAUUUCCCCACGAGUCCCAUUCAUCUGCGUCUCUACUUCCAGUACCGUUUGCAGCAUUAAGCACAUUCAUGUUAUGCCGCACUAUCAAAUUCUUCCUCUCUUUUUUAGUAAAUGAUAGUGAAUCAACUGCUGGAACUGAUUAAAUACAGUCGAAAAAUUAUUUUUCUAUCCAAAAAGUUUAAUUAAAUAUUUUUACAGAUUUGACUAAUAUAUUGUUUUACGUCAAAUAGAACUUAACGUUCUAGCAGAAAAACUCCAUCUUGUUUUUCACUGACGUGUUUACCAGGAUCGCAUCAAAUAUAGUAACGCACUUAAUUUUAUUCCCACCAAACUAUCAAAUUCCUUAGAGAAAAAAUUAGCAAAUACUGCCUAUACAAAAUUCGAAUAUGUUUACGUUUCAAAUAAUUUUGUAAUUUGAAUACAAGCUCUAAUUUUAGUUGAAAGUGAAACUAUUUCCGCAAGUCCCAACAUUAAACUUGACCAGUUAAUGAAACACAACGCUAUCUCUAAUAAUAAACUCUAUCUGAUAGCCUUCUUGUAUUGAAUGAGUUGAAAAUUAGUAGGCAGGUCAAAAGAGACUUUUUCAAAACCGAAGUUCAUCUUUCCUUUGAAAGUUAUUUAAAACGGAAUAAUACAUUGAGUAUUAAUAUUAUCUAUUUUACAAGUAAACGAAAACAAAUUAAUGCAACAAAUACUCUACUGUGUUAAAAAAGAUGACUUUGUUGGAAGAAAAAUAAAUGUUUCCUUCAAAUAUAAAUCUGAGAUACACAAGUACUAUCGUAUAAAACUUAUUGGAGCGUUAUUUUUACAAUGAAUAGGCCUUGACUAUCGAUUGAUAAUACAGCGACCGUUCUGUAUACAUUGGCGACUUGCGCAAAAAUGGCAGGAGAAAUGAGACAAUUAGAAAACACUCCUAUUGGUAAUACUAUAUUAUCAGGAGAUUAUAAACUACUAAAAGAUGUACUGUCAUCUGGUGAGGAUCCUCAUUAUAAAGAUAGGAAGGGAAAUACAUACUUACAUUUAGCCAGCACAAGAAACAGUACAUAUAUUCUACAAAUUUUGGCUGCCACUUUAAAGAUAGAUGUAAAUGGCCGUAAUAAACAUGGUUUUACCGCCCUUCAUGUAUCGGCUCUAUACUGUCAAACUUGUAUUGUUCAAGACCUGAUUUGCAUUGGAGUAGAUCCGACGAUCAAAGAUAAUAGAGGACAAACUGCUGAUAUGUUAACCGAUAAUAUUUAUUGGUUGCAAACGUAUAAUAAAUACUACCCCGGUUUAAGACAAGCAAUCCAAGAUUACGACCUCGAUAAAGUGUAUUUCCUAAUUGAUAGUUGGUGUUCUAUCGAUGCAAAAUUAAGUUUACAUGGUUUACAAAUGAGACAAUACGCAGCUACACAAAAACACCAUGACAUAGGAUUGUAUUUCGAUAAAAUGAAGCCAACAUUGAUGGCAAUAAAUGCUGUGUUUGAACUAAACUAUGAUAAAUUAAAAGAGGCAUUACAUAAUAAGACGUUAUGUAAAAUUAAUUUCAUUCGAAAGGGAGUUUAUAAACAAACUAUUCUUCAACACGCUAUUCGAAUUGGUGAUGAAAGAAUUGUUAAGAUGUUAAUCGAGGCCGGAAGUCAUACAAAUAUAUUUGUUCAUGUCAAAGAUUACUUUAAAGGUCCAUUAAUUUUCGAAGCCUUUCAUUCAUCCCCUAAAAUUUUGGAGUUAUUACUUAAAAAUUGCAAGAGUUUUGAGGAAAGAGACGAGAGGGGUAGAAAUUGUCUUCUCUACCUACUAGAUUUGGAGUAUAACGAUAGUAAUAUUAAAUAUUGGAUAAGAAAUAGCGAUAUCUCUGUAAGAGAUUAUACUGGGUCUUCUUGUAAGGACGUUGCCAGAUUAACAAGACGAUUUAAAAUAGAAGAGGAAAUAAACAGACAGAUUGUUUAUUUAUUAAGAACAUCUAAUACAAAAGAGUUAAAGAGAUUAGCGAUAAACUGUUUUGAAGACUUUAGAUUUCAUUACGAGGGUAGGGAUACAUGGUUAAUAGCACAUGGUAAUAAAGAUAGAGAAUCUUUAAGAUUUCUUAUGUGGUUUGACCAUUUUAAAAAAACAAGGCAAAAUUUUCAUACUUCAAUAAAAACAAAUGAUAUCAUAAAAUUUCAAGAGAUUAUCAAAUCAAAAUGCGAUUCUGAUGAAAGUGAUGAUGAAAUAUAUACUCAAUAUACAGAUACAACAGAUUUAAUACAAGCAAAAGAUCACGGAGGAAGGAAUUGUUUACAUCUUUCAAUACUUUUCGAGAGAAAGGAUAUGGCUGAAACUAUUUUGGAAUUAUCUCCGACUAUAAUUAAUUCAACUGAUAAUCUAAAUAGAACACCUUUACAUUAUGCGGCUUACUUAAAAAACAAUGAUUUAGUAACAUUUCUGAGAGGGAAAAAUGCCAAUUCUCUAUGCGAAGAUGCGAAUUGGAAUUCAUGCGAAAAUUUAGAAAAGAAUUGGACAUUUAAACAAAGUGAAAAUUUCUGUAAUACUGAAAGAAAGGCUCAUUAUGGAUUUGAGAAAGAAUUAUACUAUUUAAGUAUUCACGAAGAUCUACUGAGAAUUAUAAAUGAUCCUUUUAAAAGUAUUCGGCAUUUUAACAACUAUUUAAAAAAAUUGAAGAUUAAAGUUUCCGAUAUUCCGAAUGUUUUAAUGAAACAAAAUCAACAAAUAUUAACUAAAUUGGACAAUUUGUUGAUGUCAGCCAUCAACAAUGGGAAAGAAGAUGUUGCUCUCCGACUACUCAGUAUAGGAUAUGAUCCUCACGUGUCUGAAGAAUUUAAAACCGAAAAUGGCGAAGUUGUUCUAAAGAAUUCAUAUGAAAGAGCAUUAGAUCAGAAUAUGAUAGAAGUUGGGAAAGUGUUAGAGAAAAAAUUGAAUAUUUCAAAAUGAACAAGAGUUUCUAUUUGAAUUGUUUUGUUGAUUGCUUAAUUUGCUUUUGUUAAAGUCUUAAUUUUUUAUUUGAAUAAAAAAGUAUUAAUGACUGAAUAAGGGGAAUAUAUAUAUAUAUAUUCUUUAUUAUACAGUAUAAGGAAUUAGAUUUAACUUGAAGAAUGAGAAU